CGGGUCAACCAUGAUGUCAUAUCAUUAGCUUAAUUUUAAAAGUGACGUACCAUUUCUACACGAAAUUUGGUAGACCGUGCACCUAUUUAUUGUAUUCAGUUAUUUUUGAUCGUCUAGUGUUUAAAAAUGUCGUACUUUCAAUCAAGAUACGCCGGUUCUUCCCCGCCCCCACCCUUAGGCGACAAGCUUCGCCUCUACCAUGUAGAUAUGAACCCUUACGGGCACAGAGUUCUGCUCAUCUUGGAGGCUAAGAAGACGAGAUACGAGGUCUACAAACUGGAUCCUCUGAGGCUGCCUGAUUGGUUCAGAACUGCUAAUCCUAGGUUGAAAAUCCCAGUGCUAGAAAUCCCCACAGACCAAGGAGACAAGUUCCUGUUUGAAAGUGUAGUGAUAUGCGAUUAUUUGGACGAGAAGUAUGGGAGGGGGCAGCUACAUUCCCGGGACCCUUACGUUAAGGCUCAGGACAGGCUACUGAUUGAGAGAUUUAAUGAGCUCAUAAAAGGCAGUUUAGAAUGCUUCGACACCAAUUUCGCGUACGGCAGUGAACAGAUUGUGCAAACGUUAGACAUCUUUGAGAAGGAGCUCACAGCGAGAGGCACAAACUACUUCGGUGGUGACCGUCCCGGUAUGCUAGACUAUAUGAUUUGGCCGUGGGUCGAGCGUCUCUAUCUACUGCGAUGCAUCAACGAGAAGAAGUUCGACGAGAAACGCUCGCUGUUCCCUAACUUUGCUGAUUGGGGUGACCAAAUGCAGUUAGACGAUGUGGUGAAAAAGCACGCCAACUCUCCAGCCGAGUAUUUUGACUACUACAAGAACGCCAGAACACACUCAAUGGGUUAUUACCUUUAAACAAAACUUACAAACUCAGAGAAGAUAGGAAUAUUACACUAUUCAUGAGUGUCUAAGAUCUUUUAUUCAAGCUAGAUUUCAAAUUUAAGUCAUCAGAUACGGCGGAUUAUUUACUUACUAUACAACUACACAUAGAAAAACUACGGCAAACAUCAAUUUCUAACAAAAAAUCGUUAAUUUGUGGCAAGAAUCGGGGAUAACGCAAAGAAGAUGAUGUGUCGACGAUCCCAACAUAGAGACUUAUCAAAUCCAUUAAAAUACAUUUUUGACCCUUAACAAAAUGACCAAAACAGGAAAUUGAGCUUGAAUAAAAGAAUGAAGAAUUAUUAAAUUUGUAUUUUAGAAAGUUUUCACGUACGCUUCAGUAUAUGGUUAAUACCUACGGGCUUCAAGCUAAUGGUAGUAAUUAUGUAUGUUCGUUCGUUCGAAGGAGGAAAAAAUACUUCAGUCUUAGGCCGAUAGUCCACUAUCAUAUUUUUAUCAUAUAAAUAUGAUCAUAGGCAAUAUACCAUUCUUUUUCUUCACG